UGCUGUCAGGCUUAGUAUGGCGGAGGACUCCGGAAUGCAGACGGACAGGAAGCAUUGGCGUGGCAGGUAAAUAAGGAGCUCCGGUUGUUGUCCUCCUGACCGUCUUUGAAGACAUUCAGCAAAUCCAUCUGCAGAUAAAAUGAAAAAAGGUGAAGGACCUCCUCCAGAUACUGAAGUUAUUCCUGAUAUCCCGGCGCCACCAUAUCCUGGCCCCCCUUUGGACAACAAUGUGGUUGUCACUAUGCCUAAACCUGAUGGUCAGCAGCAUCACCAGCCUGUUGCUCAGCAAUAUCCUCAGCCUGUUGCUACCCAGUUUGUUGCUCAGCAAUAUCCUCAGCCUGUUGCUACCCAGUUUGUUGUUCAGCAAUAUCCCCAACCUGGUCAACAAGUAGUUAUGCAAUUUGUUGGACCACAAGGUCCCGUUGUUCAGCCAGUGAACCCAGUGUUGGUGGUGCAACGGACACCCACUGACGUCCCUGGACAAAUGCACUGCCCCUAUUGCCAGAACACUGUUGUGACCAAAACCGAAUACCAAAUAGGCACGCUAACCUGGAUCAUUUUUGGAGUGCUGCUUGUUGUUGGGUGCUGGCCUUGCUGUCUCAUCCCCUUCUGUGCGACUUCUUGCCAAGAUGUGCAGCACUCCUGCCCAUCAUGUAACAACGUCCUGCACACCUACAGACACAGGUAAAACCCACUGUUGAACCCUGCAGUGACUGACAUGUAUGCUGAGUCUCUAUUAAAGUGGACUUUAAAUACAUGUAUUAAGUUUCCCUGACGAUUUUGAUCAAACCAAUAAAAUGGGGCGUUAACUUGUGCUGUUCUGCUCUGAAUGAUGUUUCAACGAUAAUGGAGUUUUUUCACUAAAGAUCGCGAGAAUUGUUUUUGGUUUUUUUCAUGAAGUCUUUAACCAGGCUUUGCUCAUCAUGAUGUUAUUGAAUGGCUUACAUAUUGAUAACAGACUCCAUUGUUGAAAUAUUUAGGUAACAUUUUAACAUUUAAGGUAGUUAAGGUAGACCCUGACAUAUUUCAACAUAAAUAAAAUGUAAAGUUUUUGGAACAUUAGGCAAUGUGUUAAUUUUCAUGAAACAUUCACAUAAAUGUAUAUUUUUGUCUUAUCUUGCUAACAUUUACAUUUAGUUGACUGUUAUUACUAA